AUGGAUCAUAUAGAAUUUGAAAAAGAUCUUAUUGCUGUAUUACUUGUUGUUGAAAGUGUUCAUGACAAAAAUAAACUUUUAUAUAAAUAUGAAGAAAUUAAGACAUAUAAACGAAUACAUGAACCAAUUUCUUUUUAUACACCUUAUUCAAUUGUUAUUGCAAAAGACUUUGAUCCACCAAGUGUUAAAGAUGAUGACGCAUCUCGACGGACAUUUUUAAAUUUUGAUGAAACAACUCUUUCAAUCUUAACUAGUCCAUAUUCUCAUGGAAAUCAUGUUGAAGUACAAGUUGAUGAUGUUAUUUUUGUCGGACAUACACUUGGCUUAGAAAACAAUAAAAAUUUAAAAUCAUUUGCAAUAUUUUUCGCACUUCGAGCUAUCGCUAAAGCUUCUGUUAUAUUAUCUUAUCAAGAAAUGAGUAAACGUAUUGGUACAGCGAUACGCUGUGAAGAACAACGAACAUCCUACUUAAAUCAAGAAUAUGCAAAAUUAAUAAGUGUUAUUCAACAGCAUGAUAUUGAAGCAAACGAUCGAUUAAAUCGUGCGCAAAAUGAAGAUGAUGUAAAAGAACGUGAAGAAAAAGAUCAAACAAAAGAAAAAAUUUAUUCAACAAUGGUUGAUCAAAGUAUGCUAGCAGCGACAUUAAAACAAAUAUAUAUUGAUUUACAAGUGUCCGGUGAAAUAAAUAUAACAAUUAAUAAUUGGUUAAAUGUUUCUUGUUGUUUACCACAUCGAUCAGUUCCUAUAAAUUGUCCACUAGAAACUGAUCAUGUUUUUCAUGUUCUUUCAAAUGCUGAACAAUAUCUUAAACCAUAUUAUGGCUUAUUACUUGUAAUUGAUCCAUCAGUCUUGCUUGCUUCUUUACCAACGGAUAGUUCAUCAACAUUAAAUACACUUGUAAGACAUCUUCGUUCAUCCUAUUCACUGUCUCGUUUAUCAAUAGAAACCAGUAUACCACUUUCUCAAAUCUAUCGUCUCACAGCUCAUUUACUUUAUUGGGGUCGAGCAAAAAUCAUCUAUCCUAUCCAUGAUGAUAAUGUUUAUAUUAUCUCACCUGACGCAGACAUAUCCAAACAAGGAUCUCUAGCAAAAAUGUAUAAAGAAACAUUUCAAAAUACAUCUAAUUAUCCGACAUUACAAGAAGCAUUAGCUGAAUAUUCAGAUGCAAUUACAUUUUUUGAUCAUAUAUCACGUAAUGAUAAUGAAACCGAUCUGCGUGAACGCAUCCAAUGUGUUGAAUGGUUACUUCGUCAUCGUUUGCUUAUUCAAGUUCAUUAUUAUUAUUAUCUUCUUUUGCCAAAUGAUGAUCGAAAUGAUUUUAAAGAUGAAUAUAAACGAACACGCUUACCUCGGUCACGUGCACAACUUGUGAGGCUUUCGUCUGAAUUAGCAACAUUGUCUUCAUCUCCCAUGACAAAUACGUUUUCAUAUUCAUCUACUCAUCAUUCUAAGUCAACAGAUACAUUAAAAGCUUUAGCAAACACUAGUCAUGACGAUGUAUUUGUUCCGGCAUCAUUAAAUAUUAUUACAACAGCAACUGCAGAUCGAAUAUCAUUAUAUCUUCAACAAAUAACACAAGUUUUGCCAAAUGAACGAGCUGAAUAUCGACAGCGUCUUGCAUCAGCUAUUAAAGAGGCAAAAGAACAACAUGUUGCUGAUUUUCUUAAAAUUAUUAAAUAUCUCAAUGGAACUUAUCAUCUUGAAGAAAUAGCUUCACUUGAAAACAUGACACGUUUACAAAUAUUAACAAUAAUAGAACAUUUUCAAUCUAUUGUUAUUCCUGCUCUUCAUCCUGAUCCAAAUUCGAUUUUGCAAAUAUAG